AGAUAACGUGUACAUCGCAAUUGCGAUAUCGCGUACGCGUAAAAAAACACGAGAGAAGUCAAUCGAUCGAUCGAAUGCGCGAAGGAAUGUCAGCGGGAUUGGAAAUCUCGUUUGUCACCUGAAGGGAUCCGGAAUUUCUACGAGAAGUUGAGUUUACGUUGCAUAAUUUUUGUUGCCGCGAUUGUCAUUGCGAGACUCUCGCAACGGAGCGCGAAGGUGUCUUAUCUCAUCUCCGUGGAGAACGCGAUAACGUGUGUGCGUGUCCACACGGGCGGUUGCCAGUCGGAUCAGAUAAUCGUCUUUUGAAAGAUAAAAGAUCCAACGAGAGAGGAAGUCUCGUUGGAUUGUAAUAAUCUGCGAUAAACAUCAGAGAACGGAGAGCGAUAAUUCACCCGGGACGUUACUUCCCGGUAGGGGAAAUCGAUAUUCCCUUCGAAUAUCCGCAGACAACGACGUCUCCCGACGAUGGAAAAUACACGCGCAGUCGCCGCGCUCCUCGCCGCAUGCGUGUGUGACCGAGCGAUCGACGAAGUCGCGACCCUGGAGUUCGGUUUCCGCGGCAACCGCGACUUAUCGAUUCACCUCAUGGGCGUCUCAUGGCUGGCGUCGUUGUGCGGACAACGACAACGAUCGAAUAACUGCGGUAUCGCCUUUCUUCUGUAAGAUUUACAACAACAAUUAGGUAAAACGCACAUCCGAUAUAUAUAUAUAUACAAGUCGGAAGCAUUUUGGGAAACGCGCGAACAACAUCUGCGAAGUGACACUUGGCGAAAGGAAGAGAACAGCCGGGAAUGCUAAACGAGAUUCGUGCAAAGCGCGCGAUCGUUCGGUGUUGUUCGUUGCAGGACACGUUGAACGUGCCGCCUGAGCACAGGAAGUACCGGCGCGUUCACGGUUUGCAAUUGCCGUUACACCCGCAGCAAGUGAUCGGCUGGGUGUUGCUGAUCGUCGUGUUCGUCGGCACCUUCACCGUGCUGCUGACGACACCGCCGCUCUUGCCCGAUCUGCGGUUCGUACUGUCUCUUCUGUUCGCCGCCCUAUUCGUGCUGCACGUGUUGGCUCAUCUGACGGUGUUGCUGCUGGACCCGGCCGAUCCGGAAGUACGCGCCCGACUGGUCGAUGAAGUCGUGCCCGAGUUCGAUCGCGCGAAACACCGACACGUAAUCGAGAACGGUCGGUGUCACCUGUGUAACAUAACGACACGCGGACGUCGCACCAAGCACUGUUCCAUUUGCAACAAGUGUGUGCCGCGGUUCGAUCAUCAUUGCAAGUGGCUGAACAAUUGCAUCGGCGGCCGUAACUAUCCGGCUUUUCUCGCGUGUUUGGCGUCGACGCUCAUUAUUGCGCUCGCGGUUUCCGCACUGUCCGUGGGCGAACUGGUGGUCGUUAACACGGAUCUAUUUGGCGGCAACAGACGUUGGAUAGAUGACAGUUACAACGACACAGACAACAUGAACAACGCGACCACACCGUCGCCGUCGUUACUGAUAACCGGUACCAGUUCGCUUGUUCUCAUCACCAUCAUCGGUGUGCUCUCAGCCGUCGCCGCGGUUCUGCUCAUACAUCUAUGCUUCUUUCACGGCUACAUCGCCUGUCUCGGUCUCACCACGUACGAAUAUGUGCGAAGCAAGCGGGAGAAAAACAUUGCCGAUUCCAGAACGACAUCGUCCGGUAGUUUGUGCGGCACGUCUAUGUGCAGCGGUAACAGGGAAGACGUCAAUCAGAUGAGCGUCACGGACGAUCUCUGUUCCCGGUUCUGCAUCAACAGACCGUUGCUCAGGGACAACGCAACCACGAGACGUACGGCGACUACGAUGACGGACGUGUACGUUCGUUCGACGCAUCAGGAAGAAACGCAGAACGACGACGUGACGGAAACGGCGAACAACGACGUCUGUUCCAAGUCGCAGUUGUCGAAGAGCAGCCGGAACUUCCAUCUGUGUUUCUCGUACGAUUCCAACACCACCGAGACUUCCAUCGAGGUUUCCUCCUCGCGAACAACGGCGACGGCGGAAUUGAAAAAUCACGGGGAAUCGAUCGACGCGAAAUCGUCGUCCACACCAUCGCCGGUGUCCUGCUGCUUCUCCAUCAUGAACUAUCCCGAGAGCAGACAUCACGACAGAAGCGGUCACAAGUGUCGCAGCGGUGAGAACCUUCCCAAGACCUCGAAACGCUCUUGCGGUACGAUGAGGCGGAUACAGACCUUUCUGCAAACUCGUCUGAGAAAGGGUUCGAGGCAGAGAUCGGCGAUCUCCUCGCCGGGGGUCGCUCGUCACUGCGGGAACAAGAUAAUUCCGCAAACGAGCGAUUCCACGGAAAUUUUAACCCCGUCCACCGCCGAGACGCGCGUAGUCGAAACGACGACGUCCACGAUAGAACUGCCGGCGACGUCGCUGCCGGAUUACAUACGUCCGCCGGUCAAACUACCGUCUCUGGAUCUUCCUCGUAACGUCCACAAGAGCAGACGAACAUCCGCGAAUCCCGGAGACAUCUCCGUGUUGGUACCGAUGCCGCCUUCCGUGACGUCCAAACGAAAUCAGGUCCACCUCUGCACCCGACGGAAUCUGAGUUUCUCCAGAAAGCGGCCGCGCUUCAAGGUCGGCUCGCACGUGGUCACGCAAACCGCCCAACUGUCGCCGAUACCGGAAUCGGAAUUCUCGAAACCGGCCACACCGAGAUCGCCAACACGAUCAGAUUCCGUUUUCGCCUUCCCGCCGUUACACGAGUAACGUUUGUCGGCAGCACCGUACACAAAGGUGCUUCGCGUUUUAGUCCAAGUUUAAAGAGAUCUCUCACCUUGUGCAACGCGCCCGUGUCACACCGACACGAUUAUCACAUGUACAUUUGUACAUACGUCGUGUCGCGCUACUUUUUUUACCACUAGAAACAAUGCAAUGUUCGAAAAAGAGUGUGCUAUCACUUCACCUUCAUCAUGCAACAACUUCAUCUUCGCGGGAACUUCUCUUGUACACUAGGAAAAUUAAUAGAUUAAGCUUCGAGUUUCGACGUUUCCCGUAAAUAAUAUAAAUCGCUUCACCUCUCAUGCGUGCAGAUAAUG